AAGUACAAAUCAAAAAUCAACCCUGCAUUUCUUAUCCUCACACCAGCUCAAUUAUUAAAUCCAAAUGAGAACCUGAUGAUUCUCAUGGCACCCACCACCCUCUAUUUCCUCAUUUUAUUAACCACCUCCUUAGUCUCAUCAUCAAGCCUCACCGAUCCAACUCCAAAGCCAUGGCCACUACAAUUCCACUCAACCAUGAUCGCAAAAUUCGAAAACGGCACUCAACUCGAAAUUCUCGAUUUAUGGUACGACUGGCCUAAUGGAAUCAGCAUGAGCAUUGUGCAGAAACAACUAGGAAAGCUUCUUUAUGGUCCGGAAUGGAACAACGGCACUUCUUUUUCCUACUCUUUGGAUUCAAGUGAAGAGUGUAGAGUCACGCAGUUCGACGUGGGAAUUGUGAGACCCAACUGGAUUGAGGGUGCCAAGUACGUUGGACAAGAGUACAUGGAUGGGUUCUUGUGUAAUGUGUGGAACAAAGUGGACUUUAUUAUCUACUAUGAAGAUGUUGUGUCUAAAAGACCCGUGGCUUGGUUUUUCGUCCAAGGAGGAACAAAUGAACAUAUAAUGACAUUCGAAGUGGGAAAAGUACUUGAUCGAAACUAUUGGCAAGCUCCUGUAUACUGUUUCGAUGAUGCUGCUGGACAGAAGAAGAAUGCAAAUAUGGAUAUACUCAAUUCUGGUGCUGCAGUUGAAACUGGAGCUUAUUAUGAGAGUUUUUUGCGAUCACCUGGGAUGAAAUUCAAGGCAGGACUUUGAAUAUUAUGGAGUAAUGUAAUUGGAGCCGUUGGGGUGGAAUAUCAACAAAAUGGACUUUUAUGUCAUAAAGAGAAUAUGCUGGAAUUUUUUAAAAUUGGGGCCUUUAAAAUUUUAAAGCCCUGUGUUAUUGGGCUGUUUGCACACCCUAAUAGCCCGCAGGUUUGCAAUUGGCACUUGAAUAAAAAAAGAUAGCGAAUAUAAUGAAAUAUUUAAGAU